UACCUGUACAAAACAACUUUGUUUACAACUUUUUCGGAUUCCGUUUUCUUUGGAUUUGCGCCCGUGAAUCCUAAAAAUUGGUAAAGACGAAUGCUGUUCAAGGAUUUAGUAACAGUAUAGGCUUAAUUUUAACUGCACGUAGCAGCUGCCUCUGCCGUAGGGUGUAGAAGACCUUCACCGAUGAUUUACACCAUUUGUUUACAUUACAUCAAUGUAACGAAGCGCGAUUACACGAUAAGAAACGAAAGUGAAAGUACGCGCCAUCGAUAAGGCGGGACACGAUGGAAAGUGACGAUAAAAGUGACAUCAAAAUUAAGGAAAAACUCAACCUCCACGUCAAGAAACGUUUGCAGGAAACGGUUAAAGAUUCACCCCACGAUAAACAUGAUCCCAAGGACAAGAAUGGUGCUACGGCAGCAGCUAGUGUAACCGGUGCUCCUAGGACAAAAAGACAGAAAACCAAAAAUGCCUCUAAACACACAUCAAGCGCACCUACAGCAGCAAUCGUACCAUCAAACGGUCCGACAGCCAUUCGAACAAAUGAUCUACUUCUGUCGCCUGGUGCUGCAAAUAGUAAUGAUACAACCAAUAGCAGCAUCAAUUCCACCGAUCAGGACGGGGAGUUGAAUGACCGAGAAGCGGGUGACAAGGGCGAUAGGCCAGCCAAGUCCAGUCCACGAAUGGAUAUAUUUGCGAUGAUAUUAAAUCAAAAGAAGAGCUCGCUGAUGUGUGAUCCUGAAGUGAUCCAGUUUAUGAAAAAUCUAACAGAAAACAAAAAAUAAUGAUUUAAUCGUUUGCAUCGCAAUGUGUUCAGGUUGCUCAUGUAGCCGGUACUUUUAUAAGGAAGUAUUUAAGCUGGAAGGCUCAAAUAUAGACAAAAA